GCCAAAUCGAUCCCAGCCAAAUCGACUUACAUAAGAAGGGCCGAGAGACCAUUAAAACCAUUUUGCCUCCUCACUUGGAACUACUAGGUACUUACGCAAACAUUAUACAUAAUCUACUCCUUACUGACUACCAUUGUACUACGACUUGCGAUCUGGAUUGAACCUGUCCCAGCUUUAAUCGCUUCUCUGUUAGCCGUGGUUAUCCCUACAAGGCAAGACCCUGUCAGUCCUUUGUACCGCAUCCACCACAACCCUCACGCCAAUCAUCCAAGUCCACAACCCAUCUCACCACAGGCCCACGUUUCGAUCUCUGGGUUGUCUCACCGAAACAUGGCGUCUAUUAUUCUUGGUGCUGGGUUCUUGAUCCACCACAUUCACGAUAAAAAGCAAGCCAAACGAGAGAGGAAGCGUUUGGCUUACGAGAAUCGAUACCGCGAGUUGGAACAAGAAUAUGCCUCCCAAAAAGGCAAAACCCCUUCAGGCAUUAGUGACCAUGAUCUGGCUCAGACAUCCACCAGACCUGAUCAGAAUGAGAAGUCCAACGAGUCGCUGGCGAGGAAAAGCACCGAUAGUGGUAGAGAGGAUCUCGACGCUGACCCAGUCAAGUGGGUAGAUGAUGUGAUCCGGGCACAGAAAACUGGAGGGAGUCUCCCCUAACCUCCCCUAACAAUUUUUCAGUUUAGGCGGAGUUCAUUUCUCUUUCAUAGUAAAGCGGGCGUUUGAUUACUGUCAAUAACCCUAAUAUGUACAAUAUUGAACAAGUUUAUUGAGUAAA